AUGUGAUUCUUUGCCAGUACAAAACAAGUUUGUAACGACUAUGCGGCGGUCUUAAAAUAUCUUAGCUAGACUAAGAUAUGAGACUCUGGGGUACCGGGUUUCUCGGCAGGGUUUCUGCAGCAUCUGUGGUGGAAGAUCACGGGAACGAGACGGAGGACUGCUAAGCGACACUGACAUCCAAAUACACAACUGCUCGGACACAGGCUGCUCCUGCAGUGAGUCAGUAUCAUGGAGGCAGGCAGCGGGGCUGCUGCAGUGGUGGGGAGUGCAGUGCUAGGACUGCUCGGAGCCACAGGAAGUCAUGACAUCUCUGACAGAGGACUGAGGCCUUGCCGCCACCCAGAGGAGGACGACAUUGUGCCUGAAAUUGCCAGGAGUAUUCAUCCCCGAGAGAGACCUGACUGGGAGGAAACCAUCAGCGCUAUGGCACGAAGUGCUGAAGUCCCAGAGCUGAGCUCUGAGCCCCUGCUCCGUUCCGGUAGCAGCACUGCCAGCAUGAAGGUCAAAAAUGUUAAAAAGCUCUCAUUCACCAAGGGCCACUUUCCAAAGUUAGCUGAGUGUGCCCACUUCCACUAUGAAAACGUUGACUUUGGGACCAUACAGCUGAAUCUGGCCGAAGAGCAGAACGAAGUUACCCGGAAUGGCUUGGAGUCCAAAGAGCUGGUGUACCUGGUGCAGAUCUAUUGUCAGGGACGAAGUUGGAUCGUGAGGCGGAGUUAUGAAGACUUCCGCGUUCUGGACAAGCAUCUCCAUUUGUGUAUCUAUGACCGGCGCUUCUCCCAGCUCCCAGAGCUGCCUCGAUUUGACAGCUUGAGGGAAAGAGCGGAGGCAAUUUCCCAGAUGCUGAUGGCUUACCUCUCCCGUCUCUCAGCAAUUGCUGAUAAUAAGAUAAACUGUGGGCCAGCCCUCACCUGGAUGGAGGUUGACAACAAAGGGAAUCAUUUGCUGGUGCAUGAAGAGUCCUCCAUCAAUGUCCCAGCCAUCGCAGCUGCCCACGUCAUUAAACGCUACAUAGCCCAGGCAGCUGAUGAGCUGUCUUUUGAGGUUGGGGAUAUUGUUUCUGUGAUUGACAUGCCUCCUAAAGAGGACACCACAUGGUGGCGAGGGAAGCAUGGAUUUCAGGUUGGCUUCUUUCCCAGUGAAUGUGUGGAGCUGAUUAAUGACAAGGUCCCUCAGUCUGUCACCAAUUCAGUGCCAAAACCAGAUUUGGAGAUGGAGAGUGUAAAGCAGGACAAUACAUGGGUACCCGACCCAUUAAACCCCUACAGGCUGAGCUCAGUUUCAAAGAAGCACGGGAAGCUGAUCACAUUCCUGCGCUCCUUCAUGAAGUCGCGGCCCACCAAGCAGAAGCUGAAGCAGCGUGGGAUCCUCAGGGAGAGGGUGUUUGGCUGUGACCUGGGAGAGCACCUCCUCAACUCAGGCCAUGAUGUUCCCCAGGUACUCAAGAGCUGCACAGACUUCAUUGAGAAGCAUGGAGUGGUGGAUGGAAUGUAUCGACUCUCUGGGAUUGCUUCCAACAUCCAGAAAUUGCGACAUGAGUUUGAUUCAGAACAGAUCCCAGAUCUGACAAAAGAUGUUUACAUCCAGGACAUCCACUGUGUGGGUUCACUGUGCAAGCUCUACUUUCGAGAGCUGCCAAACCCACUGCUCACCUACCAGCUCUAUGAGAAAUUCUCAGAGGCAGUGUCAGCAGCUACAGAUGAGGAGAGGCUGAUCAAAAUACAUGACGUCAUCCAGCAGCUGCCUCCUCCACAUUACAGGACCUUGGAGUUUCUGAUGAGGCAUUUGUCACGGCUAGCAACCUUUAGCUAUGUCACCAACAUGCACAGCAAGAAUUUGGCCAUUGUUUGGGCUCCCAACCUACUGAGGUCUAAGCAGAUAGAGUCAGCAUGCUUCAGUGGGACGGCUGCCUUCAUGGAGGUGCGGAUACAGUCCGUGGUGGUGGAGUUCAUCCUCAAUCAUGUAGAUGUUCUCUUCAGCCCUAAAUUGAGUUCGCUUAUCAGAGAGGGAGCAGGUCACAACUCUUUAUCUCGUCCUAAAUCGCUGCUAGUGCCCUCCCCUUCCACAAAGCUGCUAACACUGGAGGAGGCCCAGGCUCGGACCCAGGCCCAAAUCAACUCUCCUGUCACUGCAGAUAGCAAGUAUAUCGAAGUAGGAGAGGGGCCCGCUGCCUUACAGGGCAAAUUCCACACAGUUAUUGAAUUUCCCACUGAGAGAAAAAGGCAACCUAUAAAGUCAAAGAAGUCUCCGGUUGGCAGUUGGCGAUCAUUCUUUAACCUUGGCAAGUCUUCCUCUAUGUCUAAACGCAAACUGCACCGCAACCCAAGUGAACCAAAUGAACUCAAAGCCAUGGCACUGGCAGGAGGCAGAGGAGAUACAGGCACACUCCGAUCUGCCAAAAGUGAGGAGUCUCUCAGCUCACUGCACAAUGUAGAAGGAGAGUCUAAAGUGUACCGGCCCCGCAGGCCUCGCUCCAGCAGUGAUGCCCUGUCCACAUCCUUUAAUGGGGAUCUGCUAGACAGCAGACAGCACUGUAAUUCUUAUGAUAAUUUGGGCCAUGGAGACAGUGAUGGGGAUGAUGGUCCAAUCUGUGUGCCAGCUCUUAUCUCUCCACCCCGCUCUGCUGAUGAUGUGGACUUGAGCCCCCCUGACAUUGGCAUGGCCACUCUAGACUUUGAUCCUAUGUCUUUCCAGUGCAGCUUGCCCUUGGCAGAGAGCUCCAUCCUUUCGACUGAGACUGAUGCUGUGAGUCUAAAGAGGAGCCCUGGCAGUGCCAGUGGCUCAGAACCACUUUCACCUGCCAGAGUGAAGGUCACCAGCCCAUAUCAAUCUUCUGAACUAAAUCUGGUCUUAAGAGAUGCUACGCAACUGGGCUCUAACACUUCUGAGAAAAUUAUGUCACAGACUUCUGAGGGCUGUGAAAAGGUUUCUGCAUUGGCACCACAGAGUAUCUUUGAUCCUAAAGAUGCUUCUACACCUAGUAAAGGACCAGAGAGCCCACUGCUGCAGCCAUCUUCUCCAUCUCCCCAAGAUUCUCCUUCCAAAAUUAGCUCACUGUCUUUAAAAUCCACUGACCUGCCUCUAAGCGAAGCCAUUAAGCUCGAGCUUCUGUCCAAAUCUGCUUUGUGUGAGAAUAAGGAGACCAAAGGGGCUUCAGGGAUGGAGCGAACAGGUGCUGCCAGUGCUCAAGAACAGCCAGGAGCUGUAGCUCUGGACCCACCAAAGGGCACUGCUUCGAUCAGCUCUGUGUCCCUGCUCCCUCCUCCUCCCCAACCAAAGAACCCUGCCCGCAUGCUGGCUUUAGCCUUAGCUGAAUCUGCUCAGCAGGCCACCAUUCUGUCUCAGGGGAGAUCCUCUGGCCCUCCCACCCCUCUCUCACCUCUCAGGCCACAGGAGUUGCUGGAAACCCUGGAUUGGCCACCCCCUCCCACCCUCCAAUCACAGACAUCCAAGGAGGAAGCAGUGGAAGUGCCACACACUACUGCUCCCUCCUCCUCACCUCCUAGCUGCACCUCAGCUGAACCCACACUAACCCACUGUGCUAGCCUACACCUCAGCAUAGUUGACAGUGCAAAGUUACCCAGCAUUCCCUGUAAUACCGAGGCGAUUGUAACUGCAAUUGCCUCAAGCCAGAAUGCUGCUCCUGCUAGCCAACCUGUUCAGCUUUCUCCAGCUCAUAAAAGUCCAGAGAGGCAGCUGCUUUCUGUGGGCCCGACACUGGUCAGCACUUCAAGCACUACCACUGCUGCUACUACACCCACCAUGGGCAGAAAUGAAGUCACAUCUCGAGUCACACCACAACCAAGUUCUGAGUUUCAUACUGCUGAAAGUGUCUUACCACCACCAACCAAAAAAUCCCCUGAGCAGCCAGUUGCAGUCCUCCAGCCUCAGCGUCAAAUGCAAGGUCAACCUCAAAUAGCAUUUCAAUCACAACCUCAACCACAGCCCCACUCCCAGUGUAAGACUCAAGCCAGUGCAUGGAUUGCACCUACCCCAGUUGUACCCCCUGAGCAGUCCACAGAAAGGCCUCGCGAGGCUGUAAAGCCAGUGACUCCUCGAGUUGAAAGUGUUCCCCUUCACCACCCCCAUGGGGUCACUCCACCAGUUCCACCUGUUCGAUCACUAGAAAGCAAACUAGCGACAGCUGCCCUCUCUAAAGCUGAGGCUACCAGUGCGGCUGCCUAUCAUGCUAUGCUGGCAGAUGCGUCACUGCCAGCGUCACUAGAUGACACCCUCACACAGUCUCAUUCAUCACAACGCAAGUCUUCCAUGCAUCAGUCAGCAUAUGUUUACCACUCUAAAGGAGAAACAACCUUACUAGAGCCUGCGGGGGAAGCUUACUACCAUCAGAGGGCUACUCCUGCUGGGCAACAAUCCAUGACCUGCCAUUACCGGCCUGAGAGUGUGCCUCCACACAUCUCUUGUGUAUCUAAAUCAGAGCCUCAGAUUUCCUACAGGGCCCAUGGAGAUGGCCGCUACAAUACGAUUGGACCAAGAUCCUUACACCAGUCCAUGAAAUAUCGUGGACCAAUAAGGGGUGAAUACAUUUCGUCAGGAUCAGUGCACCGCAGCAGCCAUGGCUAUGGUCCCCUGGAUGGACCUGCUGUGUAUCCAACUAUUCGCAGGGUGCACUCACUACAUGUGCCACCCACUGCCAUCCGUUCAAUGCCCAUGACUAGAACUGAGGUCCCUCCAGAUGAUGAGCUCUAUUACUAUCAGCGCCCAGUAUACCACUGCAAGUCUUACCAACAGCCCUCACAAACUGAAUAUCAUGUCACUCAGCUGCAGCCUUACUUUGAGAAUGGAAGGGUGCAGUACCGGUACAGCCCUUACUCUGGGUCUCACCCUCUCGAUGCUCCUUACUAUGAUGUGGAUCCUUAUGGUACAAUUCGCUUACGCCAUUUCCAUUCUUUCAACAGUCGUGAUACUGGCCCACACCUCACCAGGACAGGGGGCAAGUCAGGAGGCUAUCAUUACAUGUCACGGCAUGUCAUUCCAGUGAAAGAACAUAGCUUUGUAAGCAGGGACAUGCCUCCUUACCAUGGCUCCAAGGGAGCUGUUUACAUUGCCUGGGACCCAGAUGAAGCAGAGAGGUUUCGCAUGCAUUCUAUUCGCAGAGAGAGUCGAGCCAGGCAAAAGGUGAAGGGCCCCGUCAUGUCUCAGUACGACAAUGUGGGGCCCUACAUGUCAGCAGAUAUUGGAGGAUUAGAAGUGUUGCACUUGCGUAGCAAAUCUGACCCUGGAAAAGCUGGGCUGAUGGCUGCUGAAACGAAGGACGGGAGAUACAGUGGUGCUUCUGCAUCCCAGCAUGCCUCUAGACACUUGAUAUCAGACCCAGAUGUUCUCAUGUAUAUGGAAACCGAGAAGUACUGCCAGGGAAAUGGAAUGGGCGAUAAGGUUGCUGCACCAAAGCAGAGCAGUUCCAGGACCUAUCAGUCUGCCCAUUCACAGCCUCCGCCACGGAGCAUGCCGCACCUGUCAGAAGGCAACCAUCCUGAGGCCAAGUUUGAGCCAGGGGACAAGCAACUAGGCAGCAAACAUUGGCAGGAACACCCCGAAAACAGGAGCUACCAGCCUAGAUACGAUCGUCCAGAUGCAGAACGGCACAUAGGCAGGGUCAAAACCACUAGCGGCAACAGCGAAGAUGACCAGCAGACAGCCCAAGUAAAGCCCAUUCCCCCUCCAAAGCCAGAGAGAUCACAUAGUAUUAGAGAACGACAGCACUUAACUCAACCUAACCCUCCUCCUCAUGUACAGGAUAGCUUGGACAGAGACCAUGGUGGAUCCUGUUCUCACCAACCACAUGGACAAAGGCAAAAUACUAUUGCUCUGCAAUCUCACUAUGAUAAUCUGGAUGAUUACCAUCUGGUACCUCAUUCCCAAAACUUCCCGCUAAACCGUGGGGGCUUGAGCUCCUAUCACCCCCCUGGGUACACAGCCUCACACAGCAAUCGCGCGUACUCCACUGCCUUGGGACAGGGUGCUUUCAUCCAAGCUGAGCUUGCCAUGCAGCGGCCUGAACCAGAGAUUAAUACAGAGUGAGCAGAUUAAAAAAAACAGACUAAUGGGUUGGGAUUUUAAAUGUUGAUAACCGUUUCAGAAUUUCAAGUUCAGCAGUCUCUGCAGGACAGUGGACUGUCUCAUGACUGUUUCCAUUUAAUUUCUUCAUUUUUUUAUGUGUAAAAUUCUGUAAUAGACUUUUUAUGGAACAGAAUGUACCAUGAUUUCUUCAGUAGAGUAAAAAACCACAAAGUGACAUUGAGAAAAGUGGCGUUAUACUGUAGAUACUGUAUGUGAUAGACAAAUGGUACUUGCACCAGAACCAGAAACUUAAUAUCUGAAAAGAAAAUACUACUGGUUAUAAGGUAUUUUUUUUAUGUUCUGUUUUGUUUAUAUUACGAUCGCUUGGGUAUUGGGCAUAAUUGUGGGAUAAAGGUUUGCAUUUUAGAAAUGCAUGUAAUCUAUCUCUUACAGAACAGUUCUGUGUACCUUGAUAUCCAUUGUGUACUUCUGAAUGUUACAGUAAUAGUGGUGGGAGAACAUCUGUUUUAACAUCAUACCCUGCCACUACUCUGUAUACACAACUAGGUGGUACGUUAACCUGUACUUCUCUGCCUUUGGAUUUGGGGCCCAAAAUGUGCAAUUUCAUCAUUUGUUCUCCCAACUGUGCCAUUACAAUUAUACAGUGUAUUUUUGCUAUGAGCUGAACAGAUUAGAUUUUAAAGAAUUGUCUUUGGUGAGGAUGUUCUGGUUUGUCAGAAGGACCAAAUGAUGAAUGAGAGUUGUAACUGAGGAAGCAUUCCUGCAGCUGUGUUGGUUAAUGACUGAGCUUGAGAGGGCCAGCAUGUAUUAAGCAGAGAUAACUGGUCUUGUCUUUCCCCAUUUAUGAACAUGGCAAGGAAACAUGUUUUUGACUGGGUACUAGUGAUCGGUUUUCAACUGCUAAACUAAUACGCUUUAGUUGGAUAACUUUUAAACCAGCACCUUAAUGAUUCAUAUUUAAAGGUUUUCAUCAAUUAACACUUAAUAUCGGCACAUUUUACAGUAGAAUUUGCUAUGACAGUUCUUUCUUUGGGACCCCAUACCGGAAUUGUUUCUAUGUCUUGCAUCAGUUGUGCUUUACAUGUAAUUCAAAGCACAUGGUCUACAUAAGGAAUGAAAGGUUAUAUUUCUGAAAUAUAAAAUAUAGACAUACUCAGUUAAAGGAAUGGUUCAAAAUGAGGGGCCUGUUUAUUUGUCUUUUGCCACAUCAGUUGCAUGUUUCUGUUUUGUUGUAAGGGAAUAAGUACAUUCUGCAUAGCAAAGAAUUUAAAUAUAUUAAUAGAAGUAGGACCCCAAAAAACUAGAAACCUACUUCAUUACACAUUAAUGAUAAUUAUAAGUGGCAUUUCCCUGCCCCCUUGUUUUCUUCAGAAAGUCACAUCUCACCGGUAGCUAUGAAAUCGUUUUUCAUUGUGUUAGGCAAUUUUAUGAUUAAAAUCUGCCUUGUUUUUGUUUGGGUUCUUUUAGAAUGAAAAGAUGGUUGGGUUUAAAAACAAAAAAUGCAAAAUAAAGUAUAGGAUUUUAAUGGGACAUAUUUGAAAUGUGGUUAAUAUACACUCACAAGCCACUUUAUGAGGUACCCAGCUUAUAUGUGCAUUUAAUAUGUGUACAAUAAGAGUUAGUUCAUAUGUUAAUAUGUACAAUUUGUCAGCCACCCCAGCUUCAUUCAUCACUGGUCAGGUUCUAACCACAUUACUACUAAUGAUAUUAUUUGGGUGGCAGAGUAUUCUCAGCACACCAUUAACUGACAUAUUGGCUCGGUUGAGGAUGUUAAGCUGGUACAAUUUGUUUUGGGGGCAUAUCCAGCAUAUCUGCUUCUGUCCAGCUAAUAGUGACUGAUAUUUCAAAAGUUGACCAUUGAUGAAGGGCAAGUGUAUGGCUACUACAAAUGUGCAUGGCAAUAAAUGGGGUAGUCUCUAUCUGUCCACCUACAGGUUGUUUCUAAUAAAAUGGCUGGUGAGUGUGUGUUAAGUUUCAGUAAUGGCUUCAGCCCAUGGAGGUCAAUGUGAAAUAAGCCUUCCAGACCUGUGUACUGUAGCUGUCAGCUGGUAAGUGAUAAGCAUACUAGUGUUUAUCCAUUCCUUGCACAUAAAAAUCUGCUAUUGGAACAUUACUGUUCCUUAUUGCUGCACAGAAACUACUCCUGUGGACAUUACCAAAAAAUUUUGUUUACAUACCUGUAUAGUGUGUUGAAUUCUAUGGUCCACUUUUCAAGGUUUAUUCAUCUAGACUUAGUUGCACUGCUUUGGAAAGCAGUGAACUAGCAUGCGAUGGAUUGUUCUAAUUUUGUCACACAAAUGGACAGAUAAUUAUGAAGUUGCCCCAGUCCUAACUUAUAUGUCUGGCCUGUGGCGCCACCUAGUUGUGUGCUUAAUGUGAAACCAUCUUUUUGUAAUAUCAAGUAUUAAACAUGUUGAGUCCUAUAGAUGAAAAAAAUAUAAAAUCAACUGGUUAAAUCUA